AUGCCUAAACAGAAGUCAGCCAAAAGAGCAAGGAAUGAAUUGUCCUUGGACAAGAAAUUCCACAUUGUUGAAGAAUAUGAAAGUACUAAUGGUUCUUUAGGAAUAAGAAAAUUAGCCGAGAAAUACAUGUGUGGAAAGACGCAAAUAAGCAACAUCAUCAAAAACAAGGUAUCAGUAAGAGAACAAUAUGAAAAAGGACUUCCUCAAGGAAAGAAACGAAACCGUACUUCUCAGUUUUCAGAUUUAAACGAUGCUGUCUGGGAGUGGUAUAAAAACAAGAAUGAUCAACUAAUUCCAGUUGAUGGUCCAAUGAUCCAGGAAUUUGCAUCUCAAGUUGCCGAAAAGCUAGGCUACAUUGAUUUCAAAGCCUCAAGUGGUUGGUUGACAAGAUUCAAAGAACGACACAAUCUUUCACAACACAAAGUUUGCGGAGAAUCUGCUGAUGUCGCAGUGGAUACAGUGAAGUCUUGGAAAGAGCGGGUUGGCUCAAUCAUUUCUGGUUAUGAAAUGCAAGACAUUUGGAACUUAGUUGAGACUGGCCUCAUCUAUCGUGCUCUUCCAGACAAAUGCUUUUUUGCCAAAUCAAAGAAAUGUAAAGGUGGUAAGAAAUCCAAAGAACGUCUGACUGUUGCCCUGAUGACCUCUGCAACUGGAGAAAAGAAGAAACCAAUAGUUAUCUGA